CCCCUUAAAACCCUAAGACCUAGAACCUUCCACUCUCGUCCAGAGAUCCUGCACUUGGGGCUCCAUUGCUCCCAUCGAUGUUUUAAAAAGCGAUCUCGAUCACGCCCAUCUACCCUGCGUUGAUUCCCAACGGAAUUUCCCGAGAAGCCCCAUUUUCUUGUUCUUCAGAGAUGGCAAAGCGUUUGCUUCCAACCCUCAACCGCGUCCUCAUCGAGAAAAUAGUGCCUCCUGCGAAGACCACAGCUGGGAUUCUCCUCCCAGAGAAGUCCUCCAAGCUGAAUUCAGGGAAAGUGAUAGCAGUAGGACCUGGAACGCGAGACAAGGCAGGGAACUUGAUUCCGGUGUCGCUGAAGGAGGGCGACACUGUGCUGUUGCCCGAGUAUGGUGGCACUCAAGUCAAGCUCGAUGACAAAGAGUUUCAUUUGUUUAGGGAAGAGGAUAUUUUGGGCACUCUGCACGAUUGAAGAAGUGAACACUCUAAAUUGUGAGAUCGCGAUUGAUAAAAUCUUGUGGAUGUAACUUGGCACAAAUAUGGAUUAACUUUUACCUCCAAUGCAAUGCUUGAUUAUAUUAUGAAAAAUGACAAUGCCAAUCGUGCUUCUUUGAUUUGAUGGUGGACAUUUCUAUUGAA